GCUGAGCGUGUAUCAGUUGCACCGACACGACCGACACGACCAGCUCGACGACGCGCCGCCGGCACACUCCGAGCACACACACAGGCGCCCGCCGCGUCUCGAGGGCGACGCCGACGCCCCGUGCGUGCCGCGGGGGACAACAAGAGCGUGGUCGCGCGCCCCGCGGCCGUCCCGUCCCGCCCCCGCGACCGCUCCACCCGUCCAGGACCUGCGCCGUCCUCUCACACAGUGAUUUGCAUCGGGUCCGUCCGUGUUGUGACAAAGUGACACCUGCGCGCUCCUUCCCCCCGCAUCGCCAGGAUCCCGACGAACAGCCGCCGCUCGCACGUGACGACGCAUCUCGAAGUCGGCACCGGCUUCCCUCCAAGCUGCUGCUAGCCGACAAAGAUGAGCGCGCCGGAGAUGCUCGCCGUCCUCCUCGUCGUGGUCUUGGGGUUGGCGGCCACUGUCUCCGGACAGGCUGAUGGUCUGUCUGUAGUGCCGCCCGGGCCCUCCGUCCAUGCAUCCAAGGGGGAGGUGUGGCCAAAGCCUAGCUCCACCAAGAAGACAGCCUGGUUCUACAACCUGCGACCCUCGUCCUUCCAGUUCCUGGGACAGCGACCCGGGCGUGCGGGCGUACAUGGAGAACCGCGGCAUCAGCGGGGACUACCGGCGCCUGCAGUCCGACUACCUCCGCUGGCUGACCACGGAGGUCCAGCGGCUCAACCGGACGCCUGUCGUCUGGCAGGAAGCCUGGCAGAACGGCAACUUCAACGCGGACGAUGUCAUCGUGCACAUCUGGCUGGGCAACGCCAUGGACCUCAUGAACCAGGUGACGCGUCGGGGCUUCCGCGCGCUGCUGUCCGAGACCUGGUACCUGGACCACCUCAACACGGACUGGCGGGCCAUGUACCGCAUCGACCCGCAGAACUUCCACGGGCGCGCCGAGCAGCUGCGCCUCGUUGAGGGCGGCGAGGCAUGCAUGUGGGGCGAGAUGGCGGACGACACCAACGUGCACUCGCGCAUCUGGCCGCGCGCCGCCGCCGUGGGGGAGCGCUUGUGGUCACCCAGGACGACGACGGACGCGGCGGCGGCCGCGCCCCGGCUGGAAGAGCUCGUCUGCCGUCUCCGCAGGAGGGGCGUGACCGCCUCCCCCGCCAACGGCCCGGGCUUCUGCCCACGGUAGCGAACGGCCCCGUUCUCGCUUUGGCCAGUUUUUUUUAAAGCGGCAUUCCCACCGGUAUGGGUUUUGUGAUAGGUAAACGGUUAACCAACGAAGUGCACGUAACUAGAUAUGUGUGCUGUGGGUGUGUGUUUGUGUGUAUGCGCGCGCGCCUGUGUGCGCGAGAACAUUGUUUUGCUGAGUGUUUGUCAAUUUUUACUUUUAGACCAUAAAAUUAUAUUUUUAAGGUACUGAUUAUUGUGUACGUUCGUUGUAAUUGAUGUCGCGAUGUAUGAAAUACAUUUUAACACUUUUUGGUAA